AUGCGCCUUCAACUCCAGUUGCAGGAGCUCCUGCAGCUGCCCCAGAACGAGGUGCAGGAGAUGCGGCAGGGCAUGCAGGACCCCGACAUCGCCAUACCGCUUCUCCAGUGCUACGAUGCCGUGAUUCACGAAAAGGCGGAGGAGGUGGAGCGGCUGCGCAGAGAAACGGUGGACCUGCAGGCGCAGCUGGACGUGUUUCGCAAGGACCAGCUCGACGUGUCGAACGCUGUCCGCAUGGCCGAGGAGCUGGCGAAAAGUGUGCAGGGCAAGGCAGCGGCGGAAGUGCAGCGCUAUCUCGAGGCGGUGCGCGAAUUGCAAGAGGAGCUGGUGCGCCUCCGCAUCGAGAUGACGCGUGCCCUUGACGCGGAAAAUACCGCCAAGCAAGAUGCACUUCGCAUAGCAGAGCGCGCGGCCUCCUUAGAGACGGCGCUGGAGGCGGCCAAGCAGGCCACGUCGAAGGCAGAGGCAGCCCGAGAGGGUGCGGAGCGGAAGCUGAGGAUACAGGAACAGCAGACUGAGGAGCAGCAGACGGGCACAGCGGUGCAAAAGGCUAAGCUGCAGCUCAUAACCCAGGAGAAUGCCGACAAGGCGCAAGAGCUAGAGCGGCUCCGUGCCAAGAUGACGCAUGCACUCCGCCAGGCGAGUGACAACCACGCCGCGCAUCUCCGCAUCGUAGAGGAGCGCCAUCGCAUGGUCGUCGAGGACCUACGCAGCGUGAACCGUACCCAGGAGCUGGAGGUGCUGAAGCUGCGCGCUCAGCUGGCCCGGUGUGAUACGACGAACCCAUCUGGCGCCGGCCACGGCAGCGGUGCGUCCUCAGCGCCUACAUCAUCGUUGCGCUUCCAGAGCACGGCAGAGCUUCUGGAGGCGCAGACACGACAGGCGCAAGAAAUGGAAUUGAAGCGGCUCCACGGCGAGGUGUCCGCGCUGCAGCUGCAACGAGAUGAUGCGAUGCGACAGUGCGAGCAGUGCACCUCCCGCCUUCAACGAGAUUUCGAUCAGCAGCUCCAGGAUGCACAGCGCCAGCUGCAGAGUGCACAGCGCAGCCUGUCUGAGGUACGUUCACGGUGCGAGGAGCUCGAGGAGACGAAGGCGGCGCAGGAAGCCUCCUUGCGCAAGGCUCGCGACGAGCUGCGCCAAGCCCAGCAGGGCAGCCAGCAAUACCGUCUCAGCGCUGACAGCAGCGCACGCAAGCUGGCGUCUGCUCAGCAGCAGCUUGCGGAGGCCAACAAGCGCCUCAGCACCCUGCAGGAGGAGAAGCAAAGCGCUGUUCAUCAGGCCCAAGAGAGGGCGAGCGAGCUGGAGGCCAACGUGGCCCAAGCGCUGCAGGAGGUGCAGUCGGCGAAGGAGCGCGCCUAUGCGGAGGUGGAGGAGGUGCAACGUCGAUAUGAGCAGCUGCGGCUGCAAAACUCGAAAUUGCAGGACGACCUUCGCGAGCGCGAAGCCGCGCUGGCGAAGAAGGAGCGGGAGCGCAGCAUUUUGGCGGCGCAGAUGGGACGACUCGAGGACGGCUUAGAGGCGCACAAGCGCCAGAUGAUGGAGUCGGACCGGCGUGUGCAGCAGUUGGAGCAGCAGCUGACCGCCAUGCGGCAGCAGCAGCGUGACAGCUUCUUAUCCCUAGAGCAGAUGAAGCUGCAGAACGCGCAACUGACGCGCACGCGAGAUCAGCUAUCAGAGAUGCUGCAGGCGCGCUCCUUGUAG